ACAAAACUAGUGGAAGUCUUUCAAGCAAUUGCUGUUGCUCUCCCAUUCUUCAACAUCAUCAUCCAUCAUACCUAUCGAAUAUGGCCAUCAAAGAGGGACCGAAACGUGCUCCUUGCUUCUUUGUCUCCCAUGGAGCAGGUCCAUUGGCAAUUCUGCGGGCACCUUCCCAGCAGCCUUUGAUUGAUCUCUGCAAGGAGACUGCUUGGGUGCUGGAUGGGUCCAAAGGGGUGAUUGUUGUGACCGCACACUGGACGGCCGACAAGACAUACAUCUCAUCGGCCGCAAAGCCGCCAAUUUACUGUGAUUAUUUCCCUGUACCCGGAAACCCACUGCCAAAGGAAGCUUGGGAAAUUGUCUACGAUGCGCCUGGAGACCCGGAACUUGCGCGUCGGAUCAAGGAGAGCGCGGAGCGACAAGGCUUGGAAGCUGAGCUGGACGACGUACGGGGUUGGGAUCACGGUGUAUGGACACCACUAAUGCUCCUUCGCCCACAGGCCGACCUUCCAGUCGUUCAGGUCUCAAUUCCAGAGGGAGACAAGGUCAUCGAGCAGUCUUUCGCCCUGGGCAAGGCGUUGGAGCCCUUCCGAGACGAAGGCUGGGCGAUUCUCGGAAGUGGGCACACGUACCACAACUUCAAAAAGAUCAUUGAGCCUAUCAUGGGCGUCCCUGACGCAAAGGUCCCACCAGUCGGUGUCAAUCGAGCAUUUGAAGACAAACUGGAGGAGGUGGCAACGGUGAAGGAUCUCAAGAAGCGGUUGGACGGGAUGAGCAAGUGGAAGUCUUUUCCAGAGGCUGACGAGGUGCAACCUCCUGGUAAUGAUGAACAUUUCACGCCAUUUUUGGUUACUGCUGCAGCCGGCGGCUCUGAUCCCGGCAAGAGACUGGGAGAGUGGGAAAUGUUCAAUACCGUCAGCUCCUCGUAUCUCUGGGCUUGACACGAGAUUAUGGUGGGAUGGCUUUGGCUUUCCAGGACUGAUGGAUUGAGCGGACUUUUCACCGCUGGAGUUUAGUUUCGACAAUGUAUAGCAUCCUCUCAUUGUAAUGCAAUAUCACCUUGAAGGAAGGUCAUUUCAACCGUGUUUGCUCUCGCCCUGGUAGAUGCUAAGCAUAUCCUUCCCCCAAUGUAGCCCC